UGCCAAUGAUCCGCUGCAAUCACUGCUGCAAAAUAUCGCACUAUGCAUGCCGCGCUACAUCGGUGACCGGAAAUCGGUGAUAUUGCUGGAUGAUUUUGCCAAUCGAAUUUUGGAAAAGGCAUCGCCGGAGAAUUAUGGACAUUUUGUCGCUAUCGUGUCUGGAAUAGCAAAUUGUGUGGCUUUUUCUGCAUCGACGGCUUAUUCCCGGAAACUUGCUAGGCAAGCGUUGCGACUUAGUGUUGCCUUGUAUUCGAAGAUAUCCCCGAAAAGUGAGGAAGGAAAGACCUUGAUGCAUGUCCUGGCGAAGCUGUUAUUUUGCAUCCUCGCUUCUGGUCGACGUGCGGACGAAAGGCAGAUUGGCAGAAUUCUUGAUCCGAUUUUCAAACAGGGUGAUGCAUUUUUUGCCUGUGUUGCCGAACUGCUUGCCAAGGAAGAUGCUUCAGUUUACAUGAUCGGUUUGGUUAACGCAAUGGUUUUAUACACCGAAACCAGGAGAUCGGAUUACUUAGCGGACGAUUCUGUUUUUACGCCGGUUAUAAAAUAUAUUGUCAGAAUGCUAUUUAACAUGAAAGUGCCCAAUAUGCCACAGUUUGUGGAUCUGUGCGAACGACCUUUGCGAUACAUUACGACCGAACAAUUCAAAGAAAGCAUUUUACCUGCAUUGACAAAAGCAUUGCUUCGCAAUCCCGAAAGUGCACUCCCUGCUGUUGUGAAGAUUUUAAGAAGCUUGAAAAUUGAUUUGAGCCCGUUUUGUUUGGAAAUUGGGAAACAUUUAACAGUUCAGCUGCAUUCUAAAGUGGAUGAAUCGCGUCGGCUUAGCGCAGAAGCUUGUAAAUGUCUAGCUCAGAAAUGCCAGAAUUCCGGACAUGCAGUGGAACUCCUUCGUCACGUUUUUGCUGUGUUGAAUGGUUCGGAAGGAAAAAUUACUGUGGCAAAUGAGCGGAUUGAUUUAUUGACUGGCAUUGGAAAUUUAAGCUACCAACCUGAAAAAGAUCUCUCGAGUCAGGCGGAGCCGAUCACGACUCUUUUUUUAUCUUUUGUGGGCAGCGAAGCUCAAGAAGCAAUUAGCUUACAUGCUCUUUCCGCCUUUCGUUUGUGGAUACGGAAAUUCAAUUCCGUCCCUGCAAAUCUCGUUAGCGCGGUUAAGAAUUUGCAAGCUCAAAAGGCCACGACAAUCCGAUCUGCGUUAUUAACAUGCUUGUCCCUUUUUCCAGAUUUAUCGCAAUCGGAACGUCAGUUGUCGGAAAUUAUUCCAGUUCUUACGAAGACCGUGGAUGCAGCAGUAGCAAAACCUUCCGACAUAGCGAUGUGUUUAGAAGCGUUGCCGGCGCUGAGUUGCCUUCUUUCCAUUUAUCAAAGUGGCAGUUUCACCGAUCAGAAACGACAGAAUAUUUGGAACGCAAUAACUGAUGCGAAAAAGGAAAUUUUAAUUUCCGAUAGAUUUUUGAAUGCUUUAUCGGAAGCAACAUCUACCUCUUAUAUCCAGUUAGUCGAGAAGCUGUUAUUGCUUAACUACGAUAAACUGAAACCGGAAACAAUCAGGGCCUAUCUCUAUGCAUACGCCUAUGUUCUUGUAAGAAAUCACCAUGAAAUACGCAAACAAGGCUUAGAUAGCUGGAAACGAAUUAUGCAGCUGCAUAGUGACAAACAGCUUUCCGAAGAAUUAGUGCGUGGUGUGGGAACUGCGUUAUCGAAACUGCGAUUAUCUCAGAAUCCAGCGGACGGCGAUGGUGCAGAAGAAAGUCAUUUCGCAAAACACGCCGUACACAUCUUAACUUCCAUCACCGAAUUGUUUGUCGAGCUCAAAUGCACGCCAGCCGCGAAAGGACGACUGAUUCUGGAAAUGCUGUUGGUUACUCAAGAACCUGGUAUCCGAUCCCUGAAUCCUAACCUAUGGAUUGAUCUGUUACGCCGAUUUCAUGAUGACAAUAUCUUUCCGGAUAAAUUGUUUGCUGAUAACAUUGCCCAAAUUUUUCAACUGCUACUAACGGAACAUGGCCUUCCGGAUGAAGCAGUGGAAAAUGCUGUAAAAACGCUGGUUGGUUUUCCCACAUCGGUGACCGUUGAGAAAAUAUUGUCAGGAAUUAGAGCGUCACUACAAAAUUCAGAGUUUGCCGCAGUAUCCGUUGAUGAUUUUAUGGUAUUCAAGACCCCAGCAGGAGUUCUCUACGAUAAAUCAGUGCUUGAGACGGCUGCAGGUAGUGAUGGUGGAAAAGGAAACGUAAAACGGGAAAGCAAGGCGUAUUCAUUCAAAGAGCAAAUGGCAGAAAUGGAGCUGCGCAAGGAACUAGAAGCCAAAAGAAAGGCUGAAUCGGGCGGCAAAGAGGCUCCACUAAACGCUAAACAAAAAGAGGCCAUGACGAAGCAACUCGCUAAGGAAAAUACAAUUCGGCUGACCGUCCAAGCCGUUUAUGCUAAAGUUCAGCGUAUUUUUCUCAUUUUGGAUUCAAUGAUUAAGGGGAAUCCUGAAUAUAUGCGAGUUUUCAAGAGUCAGUUGAUUGAUGUGGUUAGCCCGUUACUUCACAUCCCGCUUCUGGCACAGUCGGCUUGCAAUACCUGGAUGUUACUGAGCAAGUGUGCCGAUGAUCCACUGCGGAGGAAUGGACUUUCCAUUGCCUUAGCCAUUACCAGUCUUCGUGUUUUGGAGCCGGUAUGCCCGUUGCCGCCCCAGUUAACACAGGAAAAUUUGACAGCAGCCAUUUCUCGCAUCGUCCAUGGUUUGUUCUUGUUGUGCAGCGAAGAAGCGGAAAAUGGUGCACACAAUGAAACCAGCGAACUGAAUUCACAGCCACGGAUCACUGUGCCGGACGGAUGCUUUGCUUUCCCUUUGUUGCGGAUUGUUCUCAACGAGGAUCAUGCGAAAAAGCUCGGAUUGAAGGAACCAGUGCUUUUGGAAGCAUUUAAAAUUAUCAGCAAAGUCCUGGAAGUUUCGUCCUCCAAGGCGGAUGAAUCAAUCACCAACAACUACAGCAACGACGACAUGGCCGGAUUGGAAAUGAACGAGGACAAUCCCGCGUUUCUACCACUGUCGGAUAUUCUGCGGACUGUAGCUGCAGCCGGCGAAAGUACUACUGGUUUGUUCGAUCACGAUAUUGGUACAGCGGUGCAGAAUUUUGCAAAAGCCGUGAAGAAAGCGGUGGAUUCCGGUGAGCAGUUACAGCCAGACAUCGUCCAACAGCUAUUGCACAUCUUGCUGAUACCGAAACCGUUUUUUCGCAUUGCCUCACUGCAGGCAUUGAUGGUGCUGGGCGAUCAUUUGGAGCCCUUUGUAAAAGAUUCCGCUGUGCGUCAGUUGACGAUGAGGAGAUUGUUUGUGGCGGCACAUGACUGUGAAGACCCGAAAGUUGUGGAAUUUGCACGAGAGCUGUUCCAAGAUCUGCGUCUGACCCCUAACGAACAGUUGGUGGAAGAUUGUUUGGACGAUGUGACAUUUGGCCAAGAGUUUGUGCGUAACUCAAGUUCUGCUGCUCUGGGUGUUUUGUUGUCCCAGUUCCCCGACAAAGCGGAAUACGUCUUGGAUCAACUCAUUCAGCGCUAUAACAAAAAUGCAGAAAUCUGCAAAGUGAAGUUAGACAAAUUCGGUCGUGCGUUACUAGACAGUCAGCCUGAUCAGUGGCCGGCGAGGCGUGGCAUUGCAUCAGCUUUAACGGCCGUGGCUCCUUAUUUGAACAAGCAGGAAAUGCUCGAGCGACUAAUGGACUUCAUGCUCCAGAAUCCUUGUGCACUAAAAGACGAAAAAGCCCCAGUGCGAAGUGAUAUGCUGGAACUGGGCGUUACAGUGGUGGAACUUCACGGAGAGCAGUAUGUUGGUUUGCUACUAGAAAAGUUCGAAGAAUGUUUGGCCAAAGCUCCCAAAACCGGCGAAUAUGACAUCGUUCGGCAAAAUGCUAUUGUUAUCAUGGGAAGCUUAGCCAAGCACUUAGAUAAAACACACCCGAAAAUACGACCCAUUGUGCAUCAGCUGGUCGCGGCAUUGUCCACACCCAGCGAAGAGGUCCAGAAAGCUGUAGGGCGCUGCAUUGCACCACUCGUUCAUGUUAUUGAAGAUGAUAUCCGAUCGGUGAUCCCGAACUUACUUCAUGUCCUGUACGAAUCGGAGAGUUAUGCUCAUCGACGCGGGGCAGCCUACGGAUUAGCCGGCGUCUUCCAGGGCUUGGGAAUUAUGUCGCUGAAGGAUUUCGAUAUUAUGCUAACAAUCAUGAAUGGCUUGCAAGAAAAGAAAAAUGCUCAGCGACGCGAAAGUUCCCUGCUUGCUGUGGCUAUGCUGUCACUGGGGCUUGGAAGAGUAUUUGAACCCUUCGUUCUGCAAGUAGUGCCAUACAUUCUCCAGUCUAUUGGCGAUCCGAACAUUCAUGUUAGACAGGCUGCGGACGAAGCGUCUAAAGUGGUGAUGAGCCAGCUGACUGGACCAGGUGUCAAGUUAAUUCUUCCUGCCCUCCUAAAAGGCUUGGAAGAAGAGGCUUGGCGAGCAAAAGCGGCCUCAAUAGAAAUGUUAGGCGAUAUGGCUUUCUGUGCUCCCCGUCAGCUGUCCACGAGCUUGCCCAUGGUUGUGCCGAAGUUAAUCGAAGCAUUUGGUGAUUCCCACACCAAGGUCCAAGAAAGUGCUGUUAACGCUUUAAAGAAAAUAGCUUCCGUUAUUAAGAACCCUGAAGUCAUCGGUUUGGUGCCAGGUAUUCUGAUCGCCUUACAAGAUCCCGCCAAGAAAACCACAUCCUGCUUAAAGACCAUUCUGCAGACCCAGUUUAUCCAUGUAGUAGAUGCUGCGUCGCUGGCGCUGCUGAUGCCGGUCGUUCGUCGCGCUAUAUACGACCGGGGUAGUGAAAACCGAAAAUUAUCCGCUCAAAUAAUGGCGAGUCUGUACAGUUUGGCUGACCAGAAAGAUUUGCUACCGUAUUUGGAUGGAAUCCUACCAGGGUUAAAGAACUGCCUGCUGGAUCCAGCUCCAGAAGUGAGGUUAUGUGCUGCCAAAGCGUUGGCGGCCUUGGUGAAAGGCACUGGAGAGACUGGAUUUGAUCAACUAAAGGAAUGGCUGUUUAUGAAGCUGGUUUCGGAAAACAAUUCCGUGGAUCGGUCGGGCGCAGCUCAAGGUUUGGCUGAAUCGCUGGGUGUCCUUGGUCUGCAUAAACUCCAGGAAGUCCUUCCGCAGUUUCUUAAGUACGUGCUGGACGAACGGACCCCGUCGCACGUUCGUGAUGGUUAUUUAUUGGUGUUUGUGUACUUACCGGUGGUGUUCGGACAAGACUUUUCGCCAUUUAUCAGUGAUGUUAUUCCGGCUAUUCUUUUGGGGCUGGCUGAUGAUACCGAAUAUGUGCGUGAAACAGCUUUAUUAUGUGGCCAGCGCAUUGUGAAUUAUUUUGCCGAUUCGGCAAUCGAGCUGUUGCUUCCGCAACUGGAAGAGGGUAUGUUCGAUGAAAACUGGCGGAUCCGUUACGCAUCAGUUCAGUUACUGGGAGAUUUAUUGUACAAAAUCGCCGGAGCCAGUGGCAAGCACACUACGACUGGAUUGGAGGAGGAUGAGAACUUUGGCACAGAACAGUCACAUUCGCUUAUUUUACAAAGACUUGGAGAGACGCAUCGCAAUCGCGUGUUGGCCGGUCUCUAUAUUUGUCGUUCAGACAACGCCUUGGUUGUUCGUCAGGCCGCUCUUCAUGUGUGGAAAGUUAUUGUUACCAAUACUCCCAAAACGUUGCGGGAAAUUUUAUCAGAAUUGUUUGAAAUCCUUCUUGAUGCCCUGGCUAGCGAUAAUGAAGAGCGCCGUCAGGUUGCUGCAAAAACUCUAGGAGAGCUGGUGCGGAAGCUGGGUGAGCGUAUUUUGCCCGAAGUUAUUCCCAUUCUUCAAGCGGGAUUGGAUUCGGAAGCAGACGAGCACCGUGAAGGCGUUUGUGUUGGCUUGAUGGAGAUUAUUUCUUCCUCGAACAAAGAAACCGUUAUUAUGUACUGUGAUAUCCUGGAGCCGACACUGAGUAAGGCACUUUUGGAUCCUAGCGGUGGUGUUCGACGAGCCGCAGCCGACGCUUUUUGCAUGCUGGACAACGUCGUCGGACACAAGAUUCUGGACGAUAUCCUCCCUGUGUUGUUUGAUAAAGUGACGGAUCCUGUAGAAGGAGACCGUGCGCUGGAUGGUCUGCAGCAGAUUAUGCAACGGCGCAGUAGAGUGGUAUUGCCUUACCUGAUUCCCCGUCUGACUACUCCGCCCAUAAACACCAAAACUUUGGCCUUGCUAACAGCAGUAGCCGGAGAAGCGUUGAGUAAACAUUUGGGCAAAGUGCUGCCGUCGCUGCUCAACAGUUUGGAGAAUAAAAUGGGAACGCCUGAACAAGAGGAGGAGCUAGGCUACUGCCGUAGUGUGGUUCUGUCCGUGGAAGACGAAACGGGUGUUGCCACUCUCGUUGAGUCGCUGAUGCAUGGAGCGCAAAAUGAGAAGACAAGAAUGGCGGCGGUUACUUUGCUGGAUGUGUUCUUCGCUAACACAAAAGUGGAUGUGCGGGCUUUCUUCGGGACGUCCAUUCGGCCCUUGAUGCGCCUGUAUAUGUUCGAUGACCCGAUUUUGGUAAAGAAGGUCGCGUCCGUUAUUGGAACGUUGAUAAAGAAAACUCCUACCGAUGUCAUCUACGAAAACGUUUCGUCGCUUCGCACUGCCAUACGAGCGGUGCACAUGGAGUUGAGAGUGCCAUCUAUUCCAGGUUUAUGCCUCCCGGAGGGAGCCGCCGUUUUUAUACCCUUAUUGCGGGAUGCUUUGCUGAGCGCCAGCGCUGACGAGAAGGAAGUGGUUGGCCAGACUAUUGGUGAUUUGGUGCGACUUUCUAGUCAGAAUGGUCUGAAAUCAUCCGUCGUGACAAUCACUGGGCCCAUUAUCCGUAUUCUCGGUGACCGUUAUUCGUCUAGUGUGAGAACAGUUUUGCUGGAUAGCUUGAACGCGUUGAUUGAAAAGUGUUCCCUCUUGAUCAAACCUUUUGUACCUCAAAUCCAAACCACAGUGUCCAGAGCCCUGUCCGAUCCGAUACGUUCGGUGAGAGUAAAAGCCGGCAUUGUGGCGUCUAAUAUUGCUCCGAUGCACCCGCGGCUGGAUACACUAGCGAACGAUCUCCUGGAAGUGGCCAGAAAUAAUGCUGAUCUUGGAACAAAAGAAACCACUCUUCGGUCACUUCGCAUGAUCUUAGCGAAUGCCGGUAGCAAACUUUCUCCACAGUACCGGUCAGACGUUGUGGCAGUUGUGACGCGUUAUUUGGAUGCCGACGACAACGAUUUAAAAAAUGCUGCGUCUGGUGUUUUGGGUGCAUUGUGCCGGUUUGCCGUGGAUGACGAACUUGCUUCGCUGCUGAAGAAUAAUAUUUUUGAUGUUUCGAGCAGUGAAUGGACCCUUCAGCACGGUCACUGCCUGGCUUUGGGUGCCGCCUUGAGAGAAGCGGGAGAAAAACUGCUGUCUCCGCAGUAUGCUGACACAACUAUGGAUAUCAUUCUAAAACACCAAACCAGCGAUAGAGUCCCAAUAGCAAUUACCAGUAUGCGAUGCAUGGGUCUUUAUUUGCUGCACCAGCGAAAAAAUAAUCAACCGCUGAAUAAAAAGUUACUGAUUACUUUGGCCAAAAGUUUGAAUCAUCCGGCUAUUGAAGUUAAGCAGCUCGUCGCUCACAUCUGCAGCCAUUUAGCGCUGGUUUGCGAACAACCUCUGGACAUCUCAGAACUGAAAAUUCUCGUUCCUCAGUUGGUUAAUGGAACCAAGGAGAAAAAUACUGCUGUACGUUACGAUAGUGAGAUGGCUUUGGCGGAUGUUCUGGCGCUGCGCAAAGAUGAAACCUUGUUUGAGAAUGUCAAGGCUGCAAUGGAUGUUGGCGCUCGCGAUUCACUUCAGAAUGCUAGAAAAAGUCUUAGUAAAUCCGUUAUGCAGAGUGCAACCAAACUGGAAGAGUUGGAUGAGACCUUUUAAUUGUGGGGUUUUGAGUGAUUAGAAAUUUUAUAAAUUUUUGUGCUUUUUGAAAGUUCAGUGAUGCUGCGCAGGAGUUGUACUUUCGGUAACCAACACUUCAGAGUAACUUUUUGUGUUUUUCACCCAUUGACCCCUGUUUUCGAAGUAAAAUUGCAAGAAAAUUAAAAGUUAGGAAACCAAUAA